AGUCUAGUUGUAUCAAGUUAUACUUAUAAAGGUUAUAAAGAAACCGAUUGACCAUUUAAAAUUAUUUUAAAGAAUUCUUGAAGAAUUAUGAAUACAAAUUAAUUGCCGGAAAACUAACCUCGACUUUAUUCUAUACACAAGAUAACGAAAUAAUGGAGGAUGCUACUACUCCAACUCCUCAGGAUCUACAAAGGAAGCUGUACUUUUUAGUAGAACAACUUCAGCACAUGGCUGGUGAACUCCCUCCAAAAUAUCAAAUGCGACUUCCUUAUGAAUUAUUAUCUGGCUUAGCUAACUCCCUGUUGAACGAUACGAUAUUUGAAAUUGUCAAAGGAUUAAUGGAAAUUCAACAUGUUACGGAGAAGCAUCUUUUUCAACAACGUCUUCAAUUAUUGAACCAACAAAAAAUUGAAAUGCAAGAAACAUUGUCGCUGAUGACAACAGAUGAGAAAAGAGUAGCAUUACAUAAAAAACACAGAGAGGAAUUAAAGCAAAUGGACAUGAAAUUAGUUUUGCAAUUAGAUCAAAAAGUAGCAGACCAACAAAGUAUUUUAGAAAAGGCUGGUGUUCCUGGAUUUUAUGUUACAAAUAAUCCUAUAGAAAUUCAAGUACAGAUGAGAUUAUGCGAUUUUAUAAUUCGUCUCAGUAAAAUGGAAGUUCCAAGUUAAUAUAAU